AUGUCUUGCAAGCGUCGCCGACGUAACUUGCCACAGAGAGUGUUCUUUGCGGCUGAUUCCGUGGCUGGUGAACAUGCUAUUCUUUUUUCAUUCCUGUUUUUGGUUUUUGGAGGUCGGAGAUCAUCCAAUUUGCGCAGAUUCACCUUUCAUUCAUUUUUUUUUUUCUUUUUGUUGUUGUUGUUGUUACAGGAAAAGAAGGGAACUGAGGUGGUGAGUGGAUUGGGUUGGGUUGUGUUCAUGCGCGGUGAGACGGGGCUGCUGGUUGUGGCUGCGCCGCUGACUUGGUGGCCCCCGGCUGAUGAGCUUCACCGUCACCCGCUUGACGCAUGCCGCACAUUCUUUUCCGCCAUUACAAAUGCUGGUGUUGCUGUUGGAGCCGCGGAUCGCGUGGUGGCCCUCUCACGUGUCGGCAGGAGCGUCAUGUUCUCCGGCAUCCUUGAAGGAUCUUUUGUGCGGGUUUAUAACCCGUUCGACGGUGUGGAGGUCACUCUGGCUGUGCAAGCGACGCUCAGUGAGCAAGCGCUUGCUUCUGGAGCUUCGCUGCAGAUUUUUGCGGAGGCGGACCGUGUGCGUGUCGAAGCGGCGGCUGUGGAAACGGGUGUUGUGCUGCGUCCCUUAGCGGAAGCAGGCCACACUCUUGGCGAGAGGCACGCCGCAGCGGCUGUGCUUCACAUUCUCCACUAUCUGCAGCGGGCACGGAAACCGGGUGUGUGCUCCGUCCUUUUUACUGGCGAGCAUGGUGUCGGAAAGACCUACACGAUGCGGCGCGUUGCCCAGCAGUUUCCGUCUGUUGUUGAUGUGCAGGGCGUUCAACACUUUUUGGAGCGCCGUGAUGUUGAUAUUGCCCGUCUGCUUCAGAUGAGCGAUCGGGAGGCUUUGACGAUGAUCCGCUGCAUGUUUGCCGUUCCACCUGUGGAGUCGUCAAACGGUGCCCAUGCCGUCCUUCUGCUAUUGACACUUGAUGCUGUUGAUUUGCUGUGGGCAGACGCUAAUUUUUUGGUUUCGCUCGUGUCACACCAGCUGUGCGCUGUGCUUGAGGAACUGAACGAACCGACACUAACGGCACAGACUCAGUUUCACGCCGUGGUGCUUGCCACAGCCACCACCACCACGUCCCUCCCCAGUGCACUUUUAACGCGCCUUUCCUCACGAGUUGUUCACGUCACACACCCGUCGUUGCAGGAACGACUAAGUUGCAUUGAAAUGCAUAGCGGUUCGUCUGUUUAUUCACAAGACGUGCGGAGGAAAUUGGCCGAAUUGCUUGCGGGGCACACGGCUGGGCAGCUGGCGGCGUUGCAAGAGGGGGAUAUGCUUCCGCAGAUGUUGGAGCGCGAGGCGUCAUGCGGAUUGAAGCAGUCACACGUCGAAGAACAUCACGAGGUGGUAGAGCGACUUGAUGCUUAUUGCGGACUUAUUGCGAUGAAUGGCGUUGUGCGUGAUCUCGAGGAGUUUGUCGUUUGGCCGCUGCUUCACUUGCAACUGCUGCGCUGCUGUGGGGUGAGGGCUCCGAAAGGCGUUGUUGUGUGCGGUCCGUCAGGAAGCGGGAAGACAGCGCUGUUGAAAGCACUAGCGAGUCGACUGCAAACCGAGGUUGCGCGCGGGGUGCAUGUGAUGUUUGUUGAUGGUCUUUCACUUAUUGAGAAGGAGGUGGGGCGCACGGAGAAAAACAUUGCCGCUCUUUUUUCCAACGCGAGAGCUAUGUCGCCCACCGCACUGUUUCUCGACAAUAUUGACAGCCUGGCACCUCCGCGCGGACGGCAAACAAGUGAGGUGUCGAACACGGCCGAUCGCACGCUGAGCACGCUGCUCACAGAGAUGGAUGGCAUCAGCGAUAGCACCAACGAUGGGGAUGUUGUUUUUGUCGUUGCGUCUGCGCCGUGUUUUUCUGCACUUGAUCCGGCCAUUGGUCGUCCUGGUCGUCUUGAUCUCCACCUUGAGAUUCAACUUCCGACAGCGAAGGAACUGCGAGACCACGUCGUGCAGCGUGUCGUGGCGUGUGUGGAAGACUGCGGUGGCAGCGACGCUGCGGGUGACGUGGGAACGAUCUCAACUCUUGUGGAGGAACACGUGGAACGAUGGAUGAACAUGCGUCGCGUCACCGUGGCGGAGGCAAACGCUUUUGUGCGUGAAGUGGUGUUGUGCAUGGUGGAGGAAUCCUCGCGUAAUUUAUUGGAUCGACUACGGGAGGCGCUGCAGAGGGCCGCAUCCUCGUAG